CAAAAUUUCCCCUAGUUAGUUUGUCCUUAGUGACUUUCCGUAGAAGUAUAUGAAGCUAUACUGAAAAUAACAUUUCAGCUGUUGUAAACUUUUUGUUUCUUUGAAUUAUUAUCCCGAUUACUCGGGUUCAAAUGGACAUGCAUCGCUCAAUAAGAAAAAGUGAAUCUGGCAUUAAUUCCAACAUUUCAGGCCAGCCGUAUUGCGUCUCAGUAUUGAAAGAGGGCUACUGCACAGCUGAGCCAGACGGCUCGUUUAGAGCUGACGGUACCAUUUCUUUAAUUACCGGACCACAAAAUAUUCUAGUAGACACCGGGGGUCCUUGGGACCGAGACUUUCUCGUCGAAAAACUAAAGGAGAAGGGUAUGACGCCAGAAAGUGUUGCUAUAGUGGUCGGAACCCACGGCCACUCUGACCACGUGGGAAACUUAGGGUUGUUUCCAGACGCCAAAAUAAUUGUGGGAUGUGACAUAAGCGUGGGGGAUCGAUAUCUACCAAACCAGCUGGCUGAGGGACAGCCACACCCUAUUGAUGAUUUUGUAUCCAUCAUUCCAACACCUGGCCACAUGGGCAGAGAUGUCAGUGUCCUGGUAAAGGGAACAUCAGAGGGUACAGUCCUUGUCGCUGGAGACUUGUUUGAACGUUGCCAUGAUGAAGACUCCUGGAAGGAGCUGAGCGAGAACCCUCAGAUACAAGAGACCAACCGACAGAAGGCGUUACAGAUAGCGGAUGUAAUAAUUCCUGGACAUGGGCCAUUAUUUAGAGUGCACAAGCAAUAAUGACAUUGACAUAAUCUUGGACCUGAGGUUGAGUUAUAGACAGAGCAAUUAUGAAACAAAGAACACAUUAAUUUAUAUCACCAAUGUGGCACAAUAAUUUCAAAAUAGCACACUGGUGUUGACUCGUACCAUUCUGUUCACAUAUUUUUCUAAUGUAUUUCAAAUUAGGCUACUGGCCAUUCCUUUUUAGUUUAAAAUAGGUAUUUUCACAC